AAGACCAUUUUAAUUUGAAGUGCGCUAUCAAUUUUAUAUUAUUCUAUCCGAGAAUUAAUUUACGGGAAAUUUCUAAAAAUCGUUCCGCGUUUCUCGCGAUCCGUAUUAAUAGAAAAUGUUUUUCGCAAUAUUUCUGUUAUGUCUGAGCGGAGUACCGUUCAUACAAUGCAAACAGCUUCACGAAUAUAUGACGCCGGCCGAAGUAAUGUCCAUUUUUCACACCCCGCCUCAUCUUGUACCCAAAUAUGAAGUAGUGCCCUUGUUACGUCGUUUGAAAAAGAAAUUGAAAGGCAACGAUGAUGAUGCAUCCGAGGUGCAUCUAAAAGCAUUCAACGAAAGCGUUAGAUUGUAUUUGAAUCCUACGGAAGGUAUUCUGGCCAGUGAGAAUACACCCGUAUGGACCGUCACGUCCGAUCCCGAGUCACCCGAAGGAUUGCUCUACAAGCAAGUACCUUCGGCUAUGAAAUAUAUGGGGAUACCGCUUCAAGACGUAUACAGCUCGAGCGCAGUUGUAUUGACACCCACUCCCGAUGGUCAAGUGCAUUUGGAUGGAGUGCUGAACAAUUCACUCGUUAUAAAAUCUCUUCCGCAUCGAAUUCUGAACGAAAUCGCCUACGGAGGACAUAAUCUUUACGAGCCGCAUCAUAAGAAGAAUGUAACGAGUGACGACGAAUUCGCUUAUACACAUCAUCAUGUGGUGUACAAAAUGCCUCAGUCGCAUCAAUACAAUGAUUUCAAAAUUGCAGAUCCGGAGAAUUACAGAACAAAACGUAACGCUCCGGAAAUCAUUUAUCCGGAAGUCUUAAUAGUAAUCGAUUACAAAGAAUACAAAUUACUUGGUGAAAAUAUCGAGAAAGCUUUAAGAUAUCUGCUCUCAUUUUGGAACGGAGUUGACUUGAGAUAUCGUCUGUUGACCACGCCUAGAAUUCGAUUCAAUAUCGCAGGGAUAAUUAUAGCUUUGGAUGAUCACGCAACUCCAUAUCUGGAAAAGAGUCGUUUUGAAGCUUCGUCCGUAGAUGCGGAUCUCGCUCUACGCGGUAUGGCAGAUUAUUUUUAUCGCGAAAGCAGAUUUCCAGCAGUUUUCUAUGACAUGGCGAUUACUUUAACGACAUUGGAUAUGUGCAAUAUGAUCACCGACGACUAUUGCGAUACAUCAACUUUGGGAUAUGCAUAUGUAGCUGGUGCAUGCGACAGAAAUGCAACGAAACAAUCGUCGGAAGCCGUAGGAAUCGUCGAGGAUAAGGGUGGAUAUGAUGGGAUCAUCCCCACGGCUCACGAAAUCGGCCAUUUGAUAGGAGCGCGUCACGACGGCAGUCCCAAGGGCGCAGCAGAUUGUCCAGCUUUCGACGGUUUUAUUAUGACUAGUGGGCUUAUGUUACACGAGAAUGGUUUCGAAUGGUCCUCGUGCAGCAUUAACGCAUUCUACAAUUUUAUCAACGAGGACAGAGCUAAGUGUCUUUACAACGAGCCUGAUGUCUUGGGUAAACAGAUACCACGUACUUUACCCGGGAAAUUGAUGUCGUUAGAUGAACAAUGCAAAAGAGUUUUCGGAUCAUCGGCGUGCAAUAAAGAUGCUACAGUCUGCACUCGCUUGGAAUGUGAAUAUCCUGGGUUUGAAGGCUUUUGUAGAGCAACAGCUCCAGCAGCAGAAGGAUCUCCAUGUGGAGAUGGUUUGUUCUGUUUGAAUGGCAAGUGUGUACUGGAAGGAACAAUGGUUAAGGAACCAAAGAAGAAGUAUAUGCCAAAAUUCAUUGUUCAAAAGAUCAAGGAAAUUCCAUGGAUUUCCAAAUUGAUGAAAAGACUAAAGAAGAGACUGCAUAUUUUGUAAAAAUGAAUGUACAUGUUAAGGUAAAUGUUUA